UAUUGGCUGAAGCCAUGCCAAGCAUUCCGAACUUUGUUGAAACAAGCGCAAUGAUUGGUUACUCCUUCUCCUUUCAUUACUAUCCUUACUCUGUCUUUCUUGUUGUCGAUGAUAUCAACAUUCGAUGGUGUAUAUACAUACAUGCCUACAAACGACAUAUGCACACGCAUAUAUAUAUGUAUAUAUAUAUUGACAUAAAUGCAUUAUUAAGCUAAACGAAAAUGGAUCAGCGAUAGCUGAGCAGAAAAUAAAUAGCCUUUACCAUUUAUUUGUGUGUUGCACACGUAUAAAAGCGUUGUGUUUAUAAGGUUUAUAUACACACCCACCCAAACAGUUUUGGAAAUUGUUGUUGCAAUUAUGUCAUGUCGACUAAAUGGACAGUAUAAUAUUUCAUAUUAACUAAAAAAAAAACAAGCCGACAGACGACGAUAAGGUGGGAAGGAAAAAAAAAGGAGAGAAAGCAGAGUUUCUGAAAGCCACAAGUCCAGCCAUGAGUGGUUUGAAGAACCGAGAAAUUGUGGAGGAAGAUUUAGUUAAGUUACUGCAACAUUUCAUUCAUACUUCACACCGAGCUAACAGCAAAGAUGAUGCUAAGGGUCUCCUCUACACGGACGACUGUGAAAGACUGUUUAAUAAAGAUUAUGCCUAUACUGUGAUCCCCAACUUGAAUGGAGAGUUGUGUUGCCAUUACCCUUACAAGGUGUUCGUGUUGGAAUAUGAGAAGCAGAUGGUCAGCAAUAGAGAUUUGUCCAACGGCCAAGACUCAGAUGUAUAUGAGAACUUAUUGGAUAUCGGGAAGCUGAAACAGUUCUUUUGGGCGGCACGAUCAGCCAGAUGUCGAGGGCGCUUUGUCGUGCCAGUCAUUCUUUUUGAAGGCAAACAAAUCUGUCGAUCCGGUACCCUAUCCACUGGGAUGGAAAUGUUCGGAAGAGUCGGAAUUGACUUCUUCUUGAGUUCAGAUUCUUCAGCCACAGCUUCUAACAUAUCAAAUUUGGAACAAGGCAAAGAUGGACAGAGUGAGUGGCCCAGCCAUGACAAAAUCCGAGGACAUGACAUCAAGCUGCUGAAAUAUCUCAAAAUAAAUUAUAUCUGUGAUCUAAUGGUGGAGAAGAAGAAAGUGAAAUACUACAUGCGGGUGGCCUCUUCCGAGAAAGUUGACAAGGAAAGUCGCUAUUCCGAUUUCUGUCUUUUGUCUCUUCCUUAUCCUGGCUGUGAAUUUUUUAAGGAAUGGAAGGAGCACGCUUAUUGCGGACAGGAAGUUAAAUACGACUGGAACCAACCCUCCAUUGAUGCUGCUUUAGAUAUUCCAAACGAACUCUAUUCUUUAACUGAUGUUCACUGGGAGUUCUAUAAGGACUGGGAUCUACUUUUGUUGACCAAGAACUAUUUUAAACUGCUCAUAUCACUUAUUAGAGAAGGGUCUUCAGGAAUCUUGGUCCAUUGUAUCUCUGGAUGGGAUCGAACCCCUCUCUAUAUUUCCUUACUUCGUCUUUCAUUGUGGGCUGAUGGUGCCAUACAUCAGUCCCUUAAGCCAGAAGAGAUACUUUACCUCACCAUAGCAUAUGACUGGUAUCUGUUUGGGCACUGUUUACCUGACAGAAUCGAUAAAGGAGAAGAGAUUUUUCGAUUUUGCUUCCAUUUUUUGAAAUUUAUAACUUCUGAUGAUUUCUCAGUUUAUUCUGGUGGAAGUAAACGGAAAAGUAACAAUACAUCCAGGCCAUCGUCUCAAGCAUUUCCUGAAGAUACGAAGGCUGACUUUUUGGAUUCGGUGUUUCAUAAUAAUGAAGGGAGUGCAGAGAAGGAACCGGAGAAAGAACUAGAGAAGGAAUUGGUUGUAGAAAUAACCGAAUUUUCACAGGAAAACAAGAAUGAAAAUAGUGCAGGUAAUAAAGAGAAUGGCGAAGUGACGGUAACAGAUUCCAAUUUACUCCCUGGUUCAUAUUCUUCAUCUUCCAUGUCUACAAGCCCAUCUGGAGCACAGAUCUUCCUUUCAGAGGAUACCCAGAGUGCCGCGUACAUUCAUCAUAAGGUGCCUAAUACUGCCGCUGAAACUGGUACGAGUACCUCUUCGACAGCUGACAACCUACAUUGCCAACAACUACAGCGAAAGCUCGCUCAGUGUGGUCUCAGUUCUUUGGGUUCAGGAGAUUCUGAUUCAUCAAUGAGUGCCGCCAGAAACAUCGACAUCGCUAACGAGAAAACUGCCUCCUCUCCCAAUCACCUGGGCUCCGUAAAACAUUACACACCUGGAUGGUUUUCUUCACCUGCACAUUCGGCGCAUAUAUCAUCUCCUGCAACUCUAACGCAUUCUCUAUCUGAAGAGAACGUACCAUCUCGAUCCAGCCGGUUGGCCUGUGUCCGAAAUAUGUUCUUCCAUGCGUACAGCAUCGCAGAGUCUUCCAGUGCGGCCAAUUCCACCUCCAUGUUAGAUUCACUCACCGAGGGCUUCAGGUGGGGUUCUGUAAGAUCAGAUGACAUGUGAGACAGCAGGAGUAUCCGGUGGGGUGGGAUGGUGGUUGGGGGUGAAGACGAGGAGCACAGGAACAAGCGUAAGGCUUAUGGUCCCUCACACACCUCUACAACUCUCUCACUCCCCUCCACCCACCUAGACCUGCAUUUACAUCACUCUGUAAAUAACUAUCCACCCAACCAACUACCCAUUAAUUUACAUUUCUUUGCAUCAGCAACAACAGCAAGCUGUUAGGGGUGGAUGCAGUAAAUAACAACAGUCAAAAAAUAUACCUGGGUAUCAAACAUAGUCAACCACAUCUUCGUCUACAUAUCAUAGACAUCGUUUUUGUAAUUAAGACAGUGGAAUGGUAGAAGUGGGAGGCUCCUGGACUUAAUUCCUUUCUAGAUUUAAUUACUGCCUCCAUCUCCAUUCUGAGUUCAAAUACCAUCACAGGCAACUUAGCCUUUCUUUCUUUCUUUCCUUCUCCUCCUCCGCCUCAUCAGUAUUUAACCCUUUGGAAUUUAAACCAGCCACAUUGGGCCCAAAAUAUUCUGUUUUAUGUUCAAACUGGCCAGAUAUAACCUCUCACACCCACCCCAAAAUAUUAUUCUAAAAAUCAUACAUUUACAUCAUUGAAGUCUCAAGAAUCUAUGAAAUUGUGCUGUAUUAACU